ACCCCCUCCUCUCAGGCCUCCCUCCCAUUGGCUGCCCUUCCCUUUGUGUGCCAGGCAGCUGCAGUCCCAGCUCCACAUUUGAAUGUAUAUAGGGGAUUGGAAGGGACCAUUUCCAUGGGCCAUCUGUCUCCCAGCCAGCAGCAGCCCCGCUCCCACCUCCACCCAGGAGCAGCACAACAAAGGGACCGCAGCCGCAGCCGCAGGCAGGCAGGAUGGUUCUAGUGCACGUCGGCUAUCUUGUUCUUCCAGUGUUUGGCUCUGUACGAAACAGAGGUGCUCCUUUUCAAAGGUCUCAGCACCCUCAUGCUACCUCCUGCCGGCACUUCCAUCUGGGCCCCCAACCUCAGAUCUCAGCUGACUUCCCUCUCCCUCACCCUGUCCAGCCACAGCCAGGGCUGAACCCUCACAUGGCGACAGCUCACCAGCAUAACGGCCCACUACACCAGCCCCUACCACCUCUGCCAGCCCUGCCGUUUCAGGAUGUGACAGGACCCUCCUUCCUACCUCAGGCGCUACACCAGCAAUACCUCCUCCAGCAGCAGCUCCUCGAGGCCCAGCACCGCAGGCUCAUGCCUCAUCCCAGGCGGACUCAGGAGCGCAUGUCUGUUCAACCUCAUCGGUUACACCCAGGCUUUGACUUCGGCCACCAACUGCAAACUCCUCAACCCAUGGGGCCCCAGCCCAGGUAUCUAGCUGAAGGCACAGACUGGGAUCUUAGUGUUGAUGCUGGACUGACACAUGCCCAGUUCCAGGUCAGGCCAGUUCCUCAGCACUAUCAACAUUAUUUAGCUACGUCUAGAAUGCACCAUUUCCCCAGAAACACAUCCUCAACGCAGAUGGUAGUCCAUGAAAUCAGAAACUACCCUUAUCCUCAGCUUCAGUUACUUGCUCUUCAGGGACUGAAUCCAAACAGGCACACGUCUGCCGUAAGGGAAAGUUAUGAAGAGCUGCUGCAGCUGGAAGACAGAUUAGGCAGCGUGAACCGGGGAGCUGUGCAGAACACCAUCGAGAGGUUCACUUUCCCACACAAGUACAAAAAGAGAAGACCACAGGAAGACAAAGCUGAGAAGGAGGAUGGGGAGGAGUCGGACACCGAUGAGAAAUGCACAAUCUGUCUGUCUAUGCUUGAAGACGGAGAAGACGUGAGGCGUUUACCCUGUAUGCAUCUAUUUCACCAAGUGUGCGUGGAUCAGUGGCUAGCAACCAGCAAGAAGUGCCCGAUCUGCAGAGUGGACAUUGAAACACAACUUGGCUCUGACAGCUGAAAGAACCAAUGCGGUGCACCAUUUUCCUUACCAGGUCAUAUGGCCAUAAGCCCUUGCAGCAAAAUUUUGCCUUCUGAGCCAUUUGAUUUAGAGGAAAAGUCUGCAAGCACAUUAGCGAAAAGGAGGAAUUGGUGGUACAAUAUCUAGUGGUAGGAGAGGAUCCUAACAGCCAUAUUGGUCCAAUGCAUGGGAGCUGGUAUUCCCAGAGCUAGAAGGCCCUGUGCUACAGAAGAUUUAGUAUCGAUCAUGAAGGAACUAGUAUGUGGUUAGUUUGGCCUGUCAAUCCUGGAUUUCACAAGGAUUGUAUAUAUACCUCUCGAAUAAGUAGACACAUGUUAGGGGGUCUUUAGCUAUUUCUGUGGACAGCAACUGGAGCAUGUUAGCUUAAGAAAUGUUGUGUUUGGUGCCCUAGUCAUCUUGUGGUGGACAUGUCGCUGUUAACCUAAUUUGCACCAAAUAUUUUUUUCAUAGAUUCCUUAUUUUGGUGCCUGACUGAAAUGUGGCAGAGGUGAAAGAAAAAAAAAAAAGUUAAAUCUUCCCACCUUUAGGAAAAAAAAAAGAGGUGAAAUAGCAAAUUCCUGUUUACAGUUAGAAGGAUCGUGCUCUUUGCCUCGUCUGCGUUUAUUUCUUUGAUUAUGUUUACAGUGUGUUGCUCAUUUAGAGAAGCCUAAAAAAAAAAAUAAUCGGAAUGAAAUGAACAAAAUGAUAGGGAGAAGUUUUGUUCUUGCUUAUCUGCUGGUGCUGGACACUUUAUAUUGGGCAGGAUCCUGCGACUGAUUCUGCUUCUUUUGCUUCCAUAGCUUAACGAUGUACUUUGGGGCGCAGCAUCCAAGGAGGGCCCCUCGGUGUUUUAUUAUUGUAAUUUUUCCUACCACCGUCUCAUCUUCCAGUGCAAUUGCAGUGGCUCCUGCAAUCUGUAUGGCCCGUUGAUGUCAAUGGGAGCUGCAGGUGGUUCCACAUUUCUCCAGACCAGGCCCAGAAUUCCCCAGCGGAAGUUGUAUCAGAUGCUAACCUGACACCACACCUGUGGGGAAAGAGCCAUUGUCUGCUUGCUGGAGAAAGAGAACCUAUUAAGCUGGUCGUAGUUGUUAGAUCCUGCAAGAGUUUUUUGGAGGACUAAUUGGCCCGGAAAUAUGCUUGCAAUGUGAUGAGAAAUGCAUUCUUCCGUCUCUCAAAAACAAAAGCACAAACCAUCUUUUCUGCUAAAGCAGGUAUCCAGAAGGGGGAAAAUUGAACACAACUAACAUGUCCUUCUUACAAUUAAAUUCCUAAUCUCAUGGUCUUCUUUGGCUAGCAGACUAAGACAUUUCAAGUGAUCUAAUUAAACGCUCCAGAGCUGUGCCGUCAUCUAGCCUUCUUUUCAGGCUCCCGGAGGCAAAGGAGAAAAGGCAUUGAUUCAAGUUGCAUCCUGCACUAAAUUUCUUUCUGCUGCUCUUUCCUUUUGCGAUUUACAUGAAAUAGCAGCUUUUGUAGCUUAGAAAGUAAGAAUAAGAGAGGAGAUUACAGCUCAGGUGGAAUUCUGCAGGUUUUUAAGAAAUCCACUUUUUUCUUCAUACCUUGCUGUGGAAAAUCUCAGAUAGUUGUUCUGAUGACAAGAUGCGGGGGAGAACACCAGGACAGUUCAGUCAUAUUGUACAUAAGAAAUUGCUGACAACGUGAACAUUUCAGUACAGGAUGGGAAUUUAGAUGUAUGGGAUAAUUUACUACUUGGUCUGAAUUUUAAACUAUAGACGUGCAUGUAUGUACAUGCACAAAAACACACCUAUAUAAUACAUAUGAACUGCGUGAGCUCUGAAAUGAAGUGGACGCUAAUUUGGAAGUCUCCGUUAUAAUUAUGAGCAAAAUAAAGAUUAGAAGUAAUCAAUGAAGUGCCAAAAAUAAUGGAGCUUUCUGAGCCACAUUCCCUGUGAAAUAAAUAUUUCAGAUUAUUUGCCAUGAGAGACAUUGAAUUAAGUGCAUGUUGACGCUUUACUCAGUCUUCUUUAUCUGACAGCUCUCGGGAGGAUUGGAAUCAACAGCCAAGAUUCUCCAGGCUUUUAAUACAUUUUUCAUGUACUAGGGGAGCAAAAAAGUGUCUAGAGGAUUUUUAAUCAGAAACAUAUAUUUAAGAUGCUUAUAUGGAGGAUGAUUUCUCGUUCCCAUGAGUGCCUGUUUCGUAGGAGCUAAGUAAUGUUUUGUAAGUGGAGAUGAACAUAAAUUACCCUUGGAGAGAUCAUAGAAUUCCUGCGAGCUGUAAUUGGAAAAUGCUGACCUCCCAGACGCCCAUGAUCUAUUUUUUUCCAGUCUGGAGAAUAAAGUUAACGAUAGGGCCGGGACGAGCGACAGCAUUCACAAAGGAGAUGCUCUCCAAUUCACUGCAGUAAUUUUGCCCAGGGUUACCCUCUCUUCAGCGGAUUUGUCUUGCUAGACACAGGUAGUGGCGUGGGGAGGGGGGAAGAUAAUAACUUAUAAUGGCAGGUGAAGAAGAUGCAAUCUAUAAAUAUUUAUUUGGAACCACUGUUCUUGUCCUGUGUGUGCGGGUGAGGAGAACAGUGUUGGGAGGGGGACGAGAUAACCGGGGCAGGUAACCGCUCCUGCAAAACGCCGCUCUGAAAAAUUCUAGCACCGUUUAAUUUUGCCUCAAGAUGACAUGAGACACGUGUGGUCGUUUCUACUUUAUCUUGUUGACCGUGAGGGUCUGCGCCCUUAGACUAGAAGGGCUGAGUGCCUUGGGCAAUAAAUAGCCUGGGCCUCACUCCAGCAGCAGCAGAUUCAUACAUCAUUAAAAAAUAAUAUGACCGAGCAAAACAAGACGUUGCUCUUCAGAUGCACUGUAAUCCAUCAUGCGUUAUAGCCUGGUCCUGCCAGUGCAGAGCUUGUCCGGGGAGGGGCUGAGGAUCCUCUAAUGAAGUGAAUGGGAAUUACAGCUACUCAGCACCUUGCAGGUGGGGCUCAGGACCUUUCAAGACCGGGGUCUUGCUUGGAAUGAACUAUUCAGUGGGGAGGAAGUGAGCUCUUCCGACCCCUGUGUUUUACGUCUAUGCGAAAGUAUUAUUAUUUGCCUAAUGAACAAGCACAGUUUUUAAAACGGUGAAGAAAGCACCAAACUUCCAUGGUCUGUGUGAGUGAGUGAUACCGUGGCACGCGAGCGCUUGUAACGUCUGAAAUUUGCAUUUGGUGUGUCAGGUUCCCUUGUCUUUAAAUAGCUUGUAUGAGUAGAAUGAGCUAAUAGAGUGAUUUUUUCAAAACAAAACAAAACAAAUCUCUAGAAACAAAACAUAGUUUACAGGGUUUUGUGCGUUUAAAUGCCUUAUAUUUAACAAUCAUAAUUUAUGACUAACUUGUAGAUAUUGUGGGUUCUUAUUUAAUUAUUUUUAUAGUUGUUUUUGCAUUUUUAAUUAUAAUUUAUUUAUUUAGAAAUUAAUACUAAUUUUUUUUAUUACUCCUAUUACCUCAUUUUUGCAUUGUUUCUGGGAAUGGAAUGCUUUGCAUGCAUUGGUACUUAAAAAAAAAUUAAACAUGGGGCGUGGGGGGGGGAAGCUUAUCAUGUCCAAAAAAAAAAUCAGGGUGUGUGAUUACAAAACUGUAUUACUGUGGUGCUGUUACCUUGGAUACAUUCCAUAAAAAUGCAAACCUUUGAUUCUGUAUGCUGUGACAUAGUGGAAAACUGCAAUAUAGUGACUGUGUUUAGCACAUAUAUAUAUAAAUAUUAUUUGCACUCAUAAUCAAACUACGGUGAUCCUUUCACUCAUGCCCGUAUGCACUGAAGGAAAAUAGCACUCCUCAGAGCCAAAUAAUCGGGGUGGCUCCCGCAAGCCCCAUGGAGUGUCUUCAAUGGGAGUUCCUUGCUCAGAGGGCUGGCAGCAUCUGGACCAUCAUAACGUAGUAUAGACCUAGGAUUUGACAGCAGAUCGAGUCAGUGCUGGUUAUCCCCUUUAGAAAGAGAGUCUCUACCGGCCAUAUUCCUCCUCAGUAUGCAGUGGUCACUAUUAAAAAGCCAGUGAUUGCCAAUAUCAACUACACAGUGGUGACUGAGAUACCAGAGUUUCCUUCUGUACUUAGAAGAGGAAAUGUGACCACAGGCCGAGCCUGUAUUCCCAUAAAUACCCUAGUGAAGUCAAUGAAACUUGCUUGCAUGAGAGAGGCAGCAGGGCUAGCUGUGGCUCGGUGCCACGGUGCCGGGGCUCUUGGGGAUAUUAUUUUAUUAUUUGUAUUACAGUAGUUCCUGGAUUCCCUCCCUCCCGCCCCCCAAAUUGGGGCUUCAGUGUGCUAGGCACUGCACACAUACAUAGUGAAUGAUACACCCUGCCCCAAAUGUCUUACACUCUAAAUAGACAAGACCAACAAAUGGGUGAGCGGGGAAACAGGCACGUGGCUCUAUUUUUUUUUCUUGGCGACCACUGUCUCAGAGCUCAGGCUGGCCUUGCCUGGUUCCCUUUAAACUAAACUUUCAUGGGCUUUCUCCUUCCUGCUGUGUCUGUUGUCUGGUGGGCACGUGUGUGUGUGUGUGUAAGGUGGUCGUUUGUUCAUCACGCUACAUAUCUGGCCAGCUAAGCAUUUCAAAGGGGAUGAGGCAAACGUUAGGGGCAGCCCUCUGAGAUGAUCAGACUGUGUUUGUAAGUGUAGAGCCCAACCUUGUGGCUCAUCCCAUGUGUGGAAGUCCCUUGACGACAGAGAGUUCAUCGUGGGAGUAGAGCACGCCUGGGCCCUAGAAUUGCACAGCGGCAGAGGCUGACCUCUCAGUAUUUCCAUUAUGGAGAGCUGAGUCCAAGUUUUAAGUGGAAUUUGAGUGCUGAUUAACAAAGGGCACUUUUUGGAACGAUCACUCCAUUGGUCUGCUGUGGCUGCCGGCCAAUUCAGGGAAGUUGCUGUUACUUUGGAGCCCCCUAGAGGAAGGUGCAGGUGCAAACUGAACAGACUGGAGGCACCACCGAAAGUGGCCUGUGUGGCCCCUUCCCGUGUGUGUGGCAGGACCCCUGUGUAGAAUGAACACCCAUGAAUCCAACAAAGAAUUAGGUCUGGGAGUACUCCCCUCUCACCCCCCCCCCCCCACGUAAUUUUAUUGUCUGACAUUUCCAAGCCUCAGCUGGUUCAGUGACAGCAUCACCACUGGUUAGAAACAGUUAUAAAUUGCCUCUAGGCCUUGGUGUUGAAGACGCCUGGAAAUUGUUUCUUUAAUCAUUUAAAAAUAAAUCAGUAUUAAAAGCCCUACCCUCCAUUUUUUACUCUCCCCAUCAAAAAGUUGUAACUUAAAAUGACACAGUAAUUUCAGCUGGCAUCUUCACAAUGCUUUUUUUUUUCUCAUUUACAUUCACGAAGACUCUGAAAUCAUGGCCCCAUUGAAGUCAGUGAGCGUUUUGUCAGUGGCGUCGAUAGAAGUAGGAUUUGGAACAAAUUGACCAGGUGUGUAUCUGUACAGAAAAGAGGUUGAUAGCAGAUGGGAUUCAGCAUGGAAGACUGCAAAUUGUGUGCACAGUUACCCAUUCUGUGUGUCCAGCUGUAUUGGGCUGCAUAAAUUAAAUGCACAUUUAAAAAAAAAAAAAAAACUUUGUCCUAAAAAAAAAUCCAUCCUUAAUUUCCCACAUUAUGUCUAGGUGUUGCAGCUGAUCAGGUUUCUAUUAGAACCUCUACAUUAGAUAAUGCUUUAGUAGCAUAAGUCCCCGCAUCUCUAGACACUGAGGGUGUAUUAAAACCAGUGUUUCAGAUUUGUCUGUUUAGGCUAAACCCUAGUAUAUAACUUUGCAAAUUUUCCAUCUUCCUUUGCACACACACUCAAGCAGCCAGGAGUGCUAGCGCUCGGCCUUGUACCCACAAUUCAGUUGAAGGUGCAACCAUGUGAUUACAACUUUUUCAGGCAUAGAAGGGAAAUCCCUUUCUCUAGAAAAUGCGACCCUAGAUGUCUGAUAUAAUUGGUGCACUCGGAGAAUCAUAGAAUAUCAGGGUUGGAAGGGACCUCAGGAGGUCAACUAGUUCAACCCCCUGCUCAAAGCAGGACCAAUCCCCAACUAAAUCAUCCCAGCCAGGGCUUUGUCAAGCCUGAUCUUAAAAACCUCUAAGGAAGAAGAUUCCACCACCUCCCUAGGUAACCCAUUGCAGUGCUUCAACACCCUCCAAGUGAAAAAGUUUUUCCUAAUAUCCAACCUAAAUCUCCCCCACUGCAACUUGAGACCAUUACUCCUUGUUCUGUCAUCUGCCACCACAAAGAACAGUCUAGAGCCAUCCUCUUUGGAACCCCCUUUCAGGUAGUUGAAAGCAGCUAUCAAAUCCCCCCUCAUUCUUCCUCUCCUGCAGACUAAACAAUCCCAGUUCCCUCAGCCUCUCCUCAUAAGUCAUGUGCUCCAGCCUCCUAAUCGUUUUUGUUGCCCUCCGCUGGACUCUUUCCAAUUUUUCCACAUCCUUCUUGUAGUGUAGUAGAAGCCACUUAAAAAAAAUUUGCCAAUCAUUUCACUAGAUGUCUCCUGGUGUAUGUAGGGGGAAAAUUAUGGUAGCGGCUGGCAAAUGUUGCUUCUUUAAUGACACCCACUAUAUAAUCUGGUCAGACUUGCUAGCUGCAUUAGAGAAAUAACAGUCUGGCAGCGUUCCAUUUGAAACCUUUUCUCCUUAGGAGUAACUCAGUGUAAUCAAUGCAAAUGCUCUUGGGUUGAAAUUUGUCAUAUAAGCAUUCUGCAAAGGAGGGGACACACAUACGUGUAAGUAGGUUUCUUGUGAAUUAGAAGUGUCACCUAUAAUACACGUAAAGAUAAUUCUGUACAACGGUUGGUCUUCUGUGUGACAGCUGAGUUUAAUUUUUUUUUUAAAUCCUAAAAUCCUGCAGGGGACUUGUGUAGACCAAGCAGUUCAUUCCAAAUAAAAGCCCACCUUACCCCCAGAACGUAACUGAAGUUAGAAAAAGGGGAUUAAUGAACCCGCACCACUGUUGAUUCUAAACAUUUUGCACGCAUGGAGACAGCACACACUGUGUGACAGACCUAGCACCACAAGCUAUCACAACCCUGAGGGCUCUGCUAGGAGUGAUGUUCCCACCCUUGAGCUGCUGGUCCACUAAUAAAACUGCAGAUAAACAAACCUUCCUCCCAUUCAGUGGUGUCAAUUCAACCAGUAUAGCCCCCCCCUCCUUUUCCAGGUGAAGGUUACAGGCAGGGACAGCUGUGCCACUCUCCCAGACAGUGCAGGGCAUAUUCCAGUAGGGGGCACCAUAGCAGCAGCAAGACCAGUGAAUAGUGCGGCAGCCACAGCAGGGCAAGGAGGGGCACUUUUAAAUGGGCUUGGUCCAUAACAAGCAAAUAGGCUGCUCGGGAGGGUGGAAGCAGGCGCUGUGAAAUGUUAACCUUGAGCCAAAGCUGCCAUGUCAAUGAUUAGCGGUUCAACUGCAUAAGAAUAUCACUGAGAAAAUAAUUGAGAAAUUAUCCCGGCAGUGAGCCAGUUUUUCCCAUAAUUCGUUUCGAUGUGAUUUUUUUUUGGUCCCUUAAAGAUGCUGCUUAGCUUGCUUUGUCGUUGUGGCUAAAACAUGUCCACCUCCAUCUCACACCGUUCUUAAAUGGGCACAUACCCAUAAUGUGGCGCUGGUUUUGUUUUUCCCAUGGGCACCUUCGAAAUGUAAUGGGGAUAACUAGAGCAAUGAGUGGACAAAUAAACAAACAAACACACACUCCUUUAAUGGCACGGGCAAGUGAAAGGAUUUUCCACCUUUUUUGUAAUCCUACUGCUGUUCUGUUGUGCUGUGCAACAUUUUGCUACAUAGACUAUUUUAUAGAAGAAAGCUAGACAAAAUAUUUAUUAUUAAUAUUAAAGCAAUAGUGCAUUGAAGAAAUGAAGAGACAUUAGAAAUUGUGUAAAUGCUUAGAUUCACUUUUGGUGGAUUUUUUGUACCUUAUUUAUAACUAAUAAAAUGAAUUGCAUUGCUAACUACA